CUGUCUAUAUCCACUUUAAGGAGUACAGUUUAUGUCACUGCUACCGACAGCGCUGGUCAACAAUAUACCACUGUUCCCAUCAUUAUUACCCAGACCUAUACCUCAACCUACAGUAACGGCUCCGUCACUACCCUCACCGAGACUCUCGCCAAUCCUACAACCCAGCCAGAUAACGCCACUACAAAGGGCAAUGGGUUCUUUCAUAGUAAGGGCGCCGUUGCUGGAGUCUUUGCCGUUGUCGGUCUUGCCGUUGUAGCUAUCGUGUUUUGGAUACUCUUUGCUAUCAGGCGCAGACGUCGCAGAAGAUGGAUGGAGCAUGAUACCGCCGCCGCUGCCGCCGCUGCCUAUAGCCGUCCCCCGCUUGACGACGAGCCCCCGAAUCCCACUCCUCGCGACUCUGUCUUCUCGACUGAGAUGGGGCAGCGUGGAAGUCUCAUGGGUUACGCUAACCCGAACACAACUAGCUCAAACUUGUCGGCGGCCCGCCCAGGGUCAGGGCAUGACAUCUUUAACCCAUACUCGGACUACGUUGAAGACCAUCCACCUAACACAGGUGUCGGCCUCUACAACAAUGCCGGUCGGCCGACUAGCCCUCCUCCUGGUGCAGCACGCUCACCGUCAAGCGCUGACGAUCAUGCAGACGCACGAGAGCGUAAGAGCUCCUAUGGCCAUACGCCAACAUAUAGUGCUGGAAGUUACGAGCCUCUCCUGGCUUCUUGGGGUGCAGGAAAUCACCCGGAUGACGAGGCUGGCCACGAGCCUUCUGCGCCACCCCGUCCGCCUCGGAACCCUCAGAGGCUCGCACAUUCUCAAGACAACAUCGUGUCUACUGUACCUCAGGGUGACCCACCUGAUGGUGAUAACGACGAACGCUUGGAUCCCGAGAUGCGAAGGCGCACAAGGACUGAUAGCUUAAGCUCAGAAAACCUAAAGGAUGAAGAGGACUACAGUCGUCCGGUCUUGACGGUUCGGAAUGUUGCUGAUACUCGGAGCCAGCACUCUGUUUAAUGAAUUACCCUCUCAUACUAUCUCAUCCAGUUAUUCCCUUAGAUUGCAAAGGAUACGGAUACCGCUCUCAAAAGUUUACGCCGAGAUCAUUCGGACGUUGUCGAUAGCUUGUCACCCCGCUCUUCACGUGUUUUUUUCAUCAUAUCCGGCACAUUUGCAUAUCCACGGACUCACCCAACGGACUUUGGCAUUGGCCUAUACAUAAUAUACUCAAUGCACAUAUCCCAGUCUUGCAAUUGCACUCUCCUUAUCUAUCUAUCUCACCUUGUUAGGCCUGCUAUGCGCUCUGGGUUUCUGCCUUAUUCUCUUAUACGUUCUCACUACGUUACUUAUAGAUCUGCCUCACCUUGUGAUACACGGCCAAUUGAGGCUCCAAGCGUCCCAGCAACCAUAUGCUCCCCACUGAGCCAUUGCAUAAAAGGUACAUGUUAUAAAAAUGGCUCGGGCUAUCGCUAUCGGGUCGGUCGGAUCCCCGCAUGUCGUCUGGCUUGCCCGUGUACGACACCCCUAUCCUCGGUAUGACAGCACGUCCUCGCGUCGAGCGGGCGGUCGAGUACGGCAACGAGGCGUCCUUCUGGGUCGAGUGGCCGUCUGGCCUUGUGGACCUCACGCGGAGCAGGCAUCUCGAGACUUCGGGCGGCGAGGACGAGGAGGCGCUCUCGGGUGCGCACUUGGAGAUCGAGGUGGACGGGGGGAGGAGGAUUCGGGUUGAUAAGGCGAGGACUGUGCUUGUCGUGGUUGAUAUGCAGAACUUCUUUUUGCAUCCUGAUCUGCGGGCGCACGAGCCGGGCUUGAAAGCGGUCGAUGCGCUGGUACCGAUACUGGCCCCCCUUCGCAGGCAGGGCGUCAAGAUUCUCUGGGUAAACUGGGGCCUCACCGAGCACGAGCUGCACACCAUCCCGCCCUCGCUCGCGCGCGGCUUCACCAAGGGCGGGCGCGGCGGCUUCGGCGCGCCGCUGCCCGGCGACUUUGGCAGGCUGCUCAUGCGCGGGAGCCGCAAUGCGGAGCUGUACGGGCCGCUGCAGGACGCGUACCGCGCGGGCGAGGCGGCGGGCGCGGACGUGUGGGUGCACAAGAACCGGAUGAGCGGGAUAUGGGGGUACCAGAGUGCGCUGGAUCUGUAUCUGAAAGAGAACGGUAUCACGACGCUGCUGUUUGGCGGGGUCAACUCUGAUCAGUGUGUUCUCGGCACGCUGGUGGACGCGUACUACCGGGGGUACGACUGCAUCCUGGUCAAAGAUAUCACCGCGACCACCAGUCCAGAAGGCGGGCAUGAGAACGUCGUAUACAACGCAGGCAACUCUUACGGCUUCGCCACUGACACGGAAAGGAUUCUCAAGGUUGCUAGUGCUACAACCUAGGUUACUGCGUGUAAUCCGAUUGGUUCACCAUAUCGAUUCAGACGUCUAGUUUACACCAAAAAUUAAACUGUACACACGAAGAGCGCCCGACACUCGGACGUUCGACUGGUCGGACACUCCCAUGAUCCAAGGGAGACGUGCAAUAAAUAGUAUGGGGUAGUAUGCAUGUAUCAAUUAGCGCAGCUAAUUAUCAAACCGCGUUCACGGGCC